GGAUUGAGCCCCCUUCUCGUCGCCUGCAAGAACAGCCAUGGCCACCUACAAAAUCAAGGUGGCCACAGGCACCGACUUCCUGUCGGGGACACUGGACUCCAUCUCGAUGACCCUCGUGGGGACUCAAGGGGAGAGCCACAAGCAUCUGCUGAACCACUUUGGGAGAGACUUUGCUACAGGCGCGGUGGACGACUACACGAUGCAGUGCCAGCAGGACCUGGGGGAGCUCAUCAUCGUCCGCCUACACAAGGAGCGCUACUCUUUCUUCCGCAAGAGCCCCUGGUACAUUAACUAUGUGCAGGUGUGUGCCCCCGACGGCCGUGUCUACCACUUCCCCGCCUAUCAAUGGAUGGAUGGCUAUGAAACGCUGGCCCUCCGUGAGGCCACAGGAAAGACAGCAGCGGACGACACGCUCCCCAUCCUCCUGGAACACAGACAAGAGGAGCUUAGAGCCAAACAGGACUUCUACCAUUGGAGGGUCUUUGUUCCCGGCCUGCCCAAUUAUGUGCACAUUCCCAGUUACCGUCCUCCGGUCCGGCGCUUCCGAAACCCCAACCGGCCUGAGUGGAACGGCUAUAUCCCAGGCUUCCCUAUCCUCAUCAAUAUCAAGGCCACCAAGUUCCUGGAUUUGAACCUUCGCUAUUCUUUUGUCAAGACAGCCUCCUUCUUCUUCCGGCUGGGGCCCAUGGCGCUGGCGUUUAAAGUCCGCGGCUUGGUGGACUGCAAACACUCAUGGAAGAGAUUGAAGGACAUUAAGAAAAUUUUCCCUGGCCACAAGUCCAUUGUCUCCGAGUACGUGGCCGAGCACUGGGCAGAGGACAGUUUCUUCGGGUACCAAUAUCUCAACGGCAUCAACCCGGGUCUGAUCCGCCGCUGCACGCGACUCCCAGACAAGUUCCCGGUCACCGACGCCAUGGUGGCCCCGCUGCUGGGCGAGGGCACCUGCCUGCAGGCAGAACUGGAGAAGGGAAACAUAUACCUGGCUGACUACCACAUCCUGGAGGGCAUUCCCACCGUGGAGCUCAACGGCCAGAAGCAGCACCACUGCGCACCGCUCUGCCUGCUGCACCUGGGCCCAGACGGCAACCUGAUGCCCAUCGCUAUCCAGCUCAGCCAGACCCCUGGGCCUGACAGCCCCAUCUUCCUGCCCAGCGAUUCCGAGUGGGACUGGCUGCUGGCCAAGACGUGGGUGCGCUAUGCCGAGUUCUAUUGCCACGAGGCCAUCGCCCACCUGCUGGAAACCCACCUCAUCGCCGAGGCCUUCUUUCUGGCCAUGCUCAGGCACCUGCCCAUGUGCCAUCCCCUCUACAAGCUGCUCAUCCCCCACACGCGCUACACCAUCCAGAUCAACAGCAUUGGGCGUGCGUUGCUGCUCAACGAGGGUGGACUGUCAGCCAGGGGCAUGUCUCUGGGCUUGGAAGGUUUUGCGGAGGUGAUGGUGCGAGCCCUGUCACGGAUCACCUAUGACAGCCUCUACCUCCCUAACGAUUUUGUGGAGCGCGGGGUCCAGGACCUGCCCAGAUACUAUUACCGUGAUGAUAGCCUGGCUGUGUGGGAUGCCUUGGAGAGGUAUGUGACGGAGAUCAUCACCUAUUAUUACCCGUGUGACGCGGCCGUGGAGGGUGACUCGGAAUUGCAGUGCUGGGUGCAGGAGAUAUUCAAGGAGUGCCUCCUGGGGCGUGAGAGCUCAGGUUUCCCCAAGUGUUUGAGGACCGUACCCGAGCUGAUUCGAUAUGUCACCAUUGUCAUCUACACCUGCUCCGCCAAGCACGCAGCUGUCAACACGGGCCAGCUGGAGUUCACCGCCUGGAUGCCCAACUUUCCCUCCUCCAUGCGGAACCCACCAAUGCAGGCCAAGGGCCUGACCACCCCGCAGGUCUUCAUGGACACGUUACCGGAUGUGAAGACUACGUGCAUCACCCUGCUGGUGCUGUGGACCCUGAGCCGGGAGCCCGACGACAAGCGGCCCCUGGGCCACUUCCCCGACAUUCACUUUGUGGAGGAGGCGCCACGGCGCAGCAUGGAGACCCUGCGCCAGCGGCUGGCCUGCAUCUCACACGGCAUCCGCCAGCGCAACAAGUGCCUGCCCAUCCCCUACUACUACCUGGACCCGGUACUCAUCGAGAACAGCAUUUCCAUCUAG